AUGACACAAUUGAAGAUUUAUCCCAAGUGCUACUGGAUCUGGAAUCACCGCACAUGGUGUUUGCAGCAGUUGCAACUUCACGGAGAGGCCAAUUGGGAGUACGAGUUGGCCAUCGUGCUGAAGUUGUUGGAGAUGGACAGCAGAAACUUCCACGGUUGGCAUUACCGACGCUACGUCGUGCAGAACAUGGAGAGUAACGCUGUUGGAAGCGCGGAGACAGUGGACGAUAAGGCACUCGUUGAGCUCUCCAUCAAUUUGACAGAAUUCGCUUACACAACGUCAAAGAUCAACAAGAACAUCUCCAACUUCAGUGCUUGGCACAACCGGACGAAGAUCAUGCCUAAAAUUUUUAAUAUCUUGGAAAAGCCACUCGACAAGCUGAGUCUUAGCAAGGAAAACACCCAGCUUCUCCUGUUGUUCUCGUCUCCAUACGAUAUGUUGAUGUACGAACUUGACCUUGUCAAGACAGGUAUGUAUAUGGACUCCGACGACACUUCUGUGUGGCUUUACUUACAAUGGCUACUCACAGACGAAAUAUUUGUGGGUGCCUUCGACGACAAGGCUGCCUACUUGGAUCUCUUAACUACCCAAUUGAAAGAUGUUCAAGAGCUCAACGACUUAGAGAAGGACGAUAGCUCCACAAACUCUGACCAUGUGUGGUGUCUAAAGACGAUUGUGUUCAUUAAAGGAUUGAUUAAGAAGGCCUCAAAAUCAGAGCAAAUGCUUGAUGACGACAUUGUUGAACACUUGAACAAAUUGGUGGUGUUGGAUCCAUUGCGCAGGGGCCAUUACUUGGACCAAAUUACAGGGUCUGUACCAUUGGUGUUCUAG